UCAUCAAUCUCGCGUCAGGUGCAAUCAAAGUUUCUUAUUCUCGUGAUCCAAUCAGAGUCCGAUUAAGGGUCGGAUCGCGCGCGUAAGCCUUGCGGGUAAGUUUUGAUGGCGAAAAUCCCGAAGAAGCGUUGUCACGACGGAACGAUCGCGUGAGAACGAGCUGACGAAUCCCCGCGCGGUUGGUGCCAGCGAAUGCUUGAGCACGAGAGGGGAGGGGCGAGGAGCGUGGAAGCGUCGGUAGGUCGAGCGGAACGGUGUAUCGUGGCGCGAGGAUCCUGUUGGCGUUUUCCGGAAAGAGACAAAGGCAUCGCGCGCGGUGUUCUUUGUGCGGCGGACAGGAAAGCGGUCGUGGGCCGCGGAUAGACACGAAGAGUAAUCGCGGGGUUUGCAGCACUCUCUCUCGGCUGUGGAGGAAGGAGCGAGGAGGAGAGUGGUGGGGUAACGUCGCAUCCGUUCUUUCCGUGCUCCGGUGUCGUCGUCUCCGUCGGCGCCGAGGUGUGCAGUGCGAGGAAUUCGCGGUGCGGUGUGCGCGCGGUAGAGCAGUAAAGAAGGCAAGAGAAAGGGAGAUCGUGAGAGGCAGCGUGCGAACGAGAAAGAGCGUGAAGGGAGAUUGUGAGGGAGAGAGAGAGAGAGCGAGAGAGUGAGAGAGUGAGAGAGUGAGAGAGAUAGAUAGAGAGAAAGAAAGAGGGAAAACGCGAGAGGGUAUAAUCAGGGGAAACAAUCGACGGCACGUAAUCCGACGUCUCCGUGACACGUUCGUGAAGUCCUCCGAUGUCUAGUGCUGAGGUGGCGGAGAGCUCCGUUGAUCCCCCAGCCAAGAAGCGACGCGUUGGUGCUGCCAGCACGACGGGAGGAGCCGACGACGAGCCGAAAACGACGAACGUGGCGGAGAUGGCAAAGAACGGCUCCACGAGUAGCGGCGGUCCCACGAGCAGCGCCGGCCGGGCACCCGCUGAGAUCGACGAGGGUCUUUAUUCCCGCCAGCUUUACGUACUCGGUCACGACGCGAUGCGUCGCAUGGCGUCCUCGGAUGUGCUGAUAUCCGGCCUCGGUGGUCUCGGCGUUGAGAUCGCUAAAAACGUCAUCCUCGGCGGCGUCAAGUCCGUCACGCUCCACGAUCAAGCUUUGUGCAAACUGGCUGAUCUGGGCUCGCAAUUCUAUCUGAGCGAGACUGAUAUAGGUAAAAAUCGCGCAGCCGCGUGCUGUCAACGCCUAUCAGAGCUAAACAACUACGUGCCUACUCGCCAUUAUUCUGGCUCGUUGAGCGAGGAUUACAUUCAGCAAUUCAAGGUUGUAGUAUUAACGGAAACGUCGCUUUCGGAGCAGAUACGUAUUUCAGAAAUAACCCACGCAAAUAAUAUCGCUCUGAUAAUCGCCGACACCCGCGGCCUCUUCUCUCAAGUGUUUUGUGAUUUUGGCGAAACGUUUACCGUGGUGGAUACAAACGGUGAACCACCGGUAUCCGCAAUGGUUGCUAGCAUUUCUCGCGAGAGCGAAGGCGUCGUCACGUGUUUAGACGAUACUCGCCACGGUAUGGAGGAUGGCGACUACGUGACUUUCUCAGAGGUGCAAGGCAUGACUGAGCUGAACGGUUGUGAUCCAAUUAAGAUCAAAGUGUUGGGUCCGUACACUUUCAGCAUAGGAGAUACUUCCAAAUUUUCCGAGUAUAUACGUGGCGGCAUUGUGACCCAGGUGAAGAUGCCCAAGACGUUGCGCUUUGAUCCAUUCAAGACAGCUCUCAAAAAACCCGAAUUUCUUGUCACGGAUUUCGGCAAGUUCCAAUAUCCGGAGCAGCUGCAUCUGGCCUUUUUGACAUUGCACUGUUAUGUGGCCGAUAAAGGCGCGUCGCCGCGGCCUUGGAACCAAGAGGAUGCCGACGAGUUUCUAACUCUCGCCGAGAAGGUGAAAAACAAUUACGGUUUCGAGACUGAGAUUGACAGCGAGUUGUUGAGCACAUUCGCCAAAGUGUCUGCCGGUGAUCUGAAUCCCAUGAACGCCACGAUUGGCGGUAUCGUCGCUCAAGAAGUAAUGAAAGCUUGCUCCGGAAAAUUCCAUCCUAUCUAUCAGUGGCUAUACUUCGACGCCAUCGAAUGUCUGCCUUCCGAUCGUUCGGAAGUUGUCGAGAAGGAUUGCUGUCCUACGGGAUCCCGUUACGACUCUCAGAUUGCUGUUUUCGGGCAGAAAUUCCAGUCCAAGAUCGGAAGCUUGAAAUAUUUUGUUGUCGGCGCCGGCGCAAUCGGUUGUGAAUUACUAAAGAACUUCGCGAUGGUCGGUGUAGGUGCUGAGAGCGGCUCUGUCACAGUGACGGAUAUGGAUCUCAUUGAGAAAUCCAAUCUGAAUCGACAGUUUCUGUUCAGGCCGUCCGACGUACAACAGUCGAAGUCAUCAACCGCGGCCAGAGUCAUUAAGGGUAUGAAUCCCGAUAUGAAGGUGAUCGCACACGAGAAUCGAGUCUGUCCGGAAACAGAAAAAAUUUACAAUGACGAAUUCUUCGAGAUGCUAGACGGCGUGGCAAAUGCGCUUGAUAACGUGAACGCUCGCAUCUACAUGGAUCGCCGUUGCGUAUAUUAUCGUAAACCUCUCUUGGAAUCUGGCACUCUCGGCACUAAGGGUAACACCCAGGUAGUUGUGCCUUUUCUUACCGAAUCGUACAGCUCGUCGCAAGAUCCGCCGGAGAAAAGUAUCCCAAUCUGCACGCUCAAGAACUUCCCUAAUGCCAUUGAGCACACUCUGCAGUGGGCACGCGACAAUUUUGAGGGCCUCUUCCGUCAAUCAGCGGAGAACGCAGCGCAAUACAUUUCCGAUCCACAAUUCGUCGAUCGGACGCUCAAGCUGCCCGGCGUGCAGCCUCUUGAAGUUCUGGAAUCUGUCAAGACCGCGCUGGUUGACGAGAGACCGAGCACGUUCGCCGAUUGUGUAGCAUGGGCCCGCUGCCACUGGCAGGAACAGUAUAGCAAUCAGAUCCGUCAGUUAUUAUUCAACUUCCCGCCGGAUCAAUUGACUUCGAGUGGUCAGCCGUUCUGGUCCGGACCAAAACGUUGUCCAGAUCCGUUAGUUUUCGAUCCCAACGAUCCUUUGCACUUGGAUUACAUCGUUGCUGCCGCCAAUCUCAAGGCCAAAGUUUACGGAAUACCAACAAACCGCGAUAGAGAAGAGAUCGCUAGGAUCCUUACCACUGUUAAAGUACCGGAUUUCACACCGAAGUCUGGCGUGAAGAUAGCCGAGACAGAUUCACAGGUGCAAGUAUCAAACGGCAGUGGUAAUAUCGAUCACGAGCGUUUGACACAACUGCAGGAAGAGCUGCCAAAAAUGGAGGAUCUGAACAGUCUGGCAAUAUAUCCGCAAGAAUUCGAGAAAGACGACGAUACCAAUUUCCACAUAGACUUCAUUGUCGCGGCUUCGAAUCUACGCGCGACCAACUACAAGAUCACUCCAGCCGAUCGUCACAAGAGCAAACUGAUCGCCGGUAAGAUCAUCCCGGCAAUCGCCACCACUACUUCGGUAGUGGCCGGUCUCGUCUGCCUCGAGCUGUACAAACUGACGCGUGGCGUACGCAAUUUGUCAUUGUACAAAAAUGGCUUCGUAAACCUGGCGUUGCCAUUCUUUGGCUUCAGCGAGCCGAUUGCCGCUCCCAAGCUCAAAUAUUACGACGUCGAGUGGACGUUAUGGGAUCGCUUCGAGGUGAAGGGCGAGCUCACGUUAAAAGAGUUUCUCGAUUACUUCAAGGAACAUUAUAAUCUCGAGGUGACAAUGCUCUCCCAAGGCAUUUGCAUGCUGUAUUCAUUCUUUAUGCCGAAAGCGAAGUGCCACGAGCGCAUGGGUCUGCUCAUGUCGGAAGUGGUGAAAAAGGUAUCGAAAAAGAAGCUGGAGCCACAUGUGCGUGCACUCGUAUUUGAGUUGUGUUGCAACGAUGAGGACGGGAACGAUGUUGAGGUGCCGUACGUCCGGUAUACUCUGCCCUGACUUCAAAUCGCGUCGGAUACAAUGUCUACUUAACUAAGACACUUUAGCCGUAUAUAGUGAUUUCUACAAAUUUCUAUUUUACGACAAUGUAACACAUAGAGAGAGGACGUUACUGUUGCUGAUCCUCAUCUAUGGAACGUGUUUAAGCAAGGCACUCUUUCUGUUUCUUUCUUAAUUUUUCUUUUCUUUUUUUUUUUUGCCAAAUAAUUUGCAUUCAAAAAAAAAAAAACGCGAAUUGUCACACACGUUUUUACAGCUACUUUAGUAAGUAGUAAUUUUUGAGCAGCAAACGAGCGCGCGCGAUAGUGAGGUCAUUUCGGUUAGUGAAUAAGAUAUAUAGAAAAGCUUUACAUUUCCUUAGAUUCUCAUCUAUUCCCCUCACAAAUGUACAUGGCUAGAAUUUUCUUUUCUUUUUAUUAUUCGUAUUAUUAUUAUUCUCUUCCGCUGAAACGAUUAUUACACAAAGCAUCUCUUAUUUUGCGAUCGACAGGCAAUAAAUUCAACUUGAAACUAAACAUUUUUUUAAAACAAAUUAUAAAUUAGUUACAAAUGUCAUGUAAAAUCAAACAAAUAUUGACGAGUUUAACAUAAAAAUAAUCUCUAAAAUACAUUUGUGUAUUUCUCACUAAUUUCUUUCGUGGUGUAAAACAAAAAUAAAUUGAACUUUCGAUUUCUUUUUUCUGACGUCCUAAUUUGAUACACAGCGAAUUGAUACGUACGUUAGAACCGAAUCUGCGAUAAAUUUCGAUUUGUCACGCUCGCGAGCAAAAUUUACCCGCAUUUUUCUUUCUUAUGAUAAAAAUUUCAAUUUGUUUACUAUUUCGGAAAAGAAAUCCAAGAGGAUCAAAGGGGAAAAAAACAAACUACUGUGUGUGCGUGAUAUAUAAAAGUUUUACAAGAUAUACAUAUAUAUAUAUUAUGUAUAUAUAUAUGUAUGUAACGUCAAAAACACAGUUCGAUUAAUGCAGAGAAUUUUUACCGAGACGAUAAUUUUUUUGUUUUUUUUCUAAGUUACUAUAUAUGUAUAAAAAUAAUCGCUCUAUUGUAUCGGAUGUAAAUUAAAAACUGUGCGAGAUAAAUCGUGAAUUCGACGAUUUCUCUCAUUUUCUCUCUAGGCCGAUAAUCACUGUAGUCCCAUAGAAAAAUUAUAAACUAGUGUCAGGUUUUCAGCAAACACGAUAUGUAUCUCGUCUGUUUUUUUUUCUCUCCUAGGUGAAGGAGCUAAAUAUGUAACUCUUCAGAAUUAAAUUUCACUCGAAAACUUUUUUCUACGUUGUUGCGAUGGGAAUAACAAUCGAAGCGAAAUUGUUUCGAAUUACCUCCCGAAAAGUGCGUAUCUUGCUUGCAAAAUCUGACGAAAACCAGACAUUUUUUGGCGAUUUAAUUUGUCGUCGACAAGACGCGCCAGAUUUUCAUAUGCGUUAGAUUUCAAGUCUACGAAACAUCAGGCUUGAUCGAAAAAUUGAACAGCAGAUUAGUAGCCUUAGCAGAUGUGUCAAACGCAGUUCUGUUUAACGGCAGAAGAAAAAUCUACUGAAAAAAAAAAAAAAAAAAAAAACUUCGAUCGACAGAUUUGUUCGAGUUUUCUCGACAAAGUUUUGUCGUCAAACAACAUCAGACAGUGGAACACGGAUGAUGAUCUGUUACUUUGCUGCCAAUCUGUCAGCAUAUUUCUCUCGUUUUUUGCUCGUUGAAAACCAGUUGGUUUGUUUUUUAUCUUUAGUUUUUGCACACAAUUGUUUCACUAACGAGAAAACAAUUAGAAAAUUACAUCAUUAAAUAUAUACAUGUCUUCUUUUCGUUUUGCCGUUCUGUUAAUCAGAGACUCGAUACGUACACACACGUCUUAUAUUAAAAAUCAAUAGUCUUACUAUUCGUUCAAUUGAUUUAUCCGUUUUGCGAUGUCUUUCUUUAAUAAUAACAUAAUAAUAAUAGUUUUAUAGUACUAAUAUAAUAAUAAACUAUUAUAAAUAAACUAUUGGCUAAGGCUGGUUGUUACGACGAAUAUUAUAUAUAUAUAUAUAUAUACAUACCGCAUAUAUAAAUUUAUAAAACAAUUUGUCUUUGGAGAAAGAGAAGCUUCUAAAAACACAACAAGUUGCAUAUAUACUUUAGACCAAGGAAGAUAACAAAUGAAAACGAGGAAAGAAAAAUAUUUUGUUAA